CCUCCCCCACCGCCCGCGGUCGCACGACCUGUCAGCGAGGCACUUUUGAACGAGAAGUGGGACCGCUGCCUUUCCAACAUGCUCAUCAAGUCCUCCCUCGGCCUCGGAUUCGGUGUCGUCUUCUCAGUCCUCCUCUUCAAGCGCAGGGCGUGGCCCGCCUGGGUCGGUGUCGGUUUCGGCGCUGGAAGGGCAUAUGAGGAGUGCAACUGGAGUCUGAAGCAGGCCUCGAGGGAUCUCAAGAGGGCAGCAUAA